UCGAUUGUGACGGUUGCUACUGCGCACGCCCAGAUCGACGCCAUUUUCUCCCGAGCGAUGACGGGAGAUAUAGACAUAUAUGUGAGAGACUCAAUGAUCGAAAUACAUUUAAAAUGUAUUUUUUUUAAUCGGUAGGGCAUCUGAGGUACACCCUGAUCCAAGCAAUUCAUGUGUACACAAAAAGAAAACCUUAAGACUUUAUUUAAUCAUGAAUAAAUCUUAGGCAAGCCGCGAUUGGUUCUGCGCAUGCGCGUAGAGCACCGCCCCCACUUGAGUCACGAUGCCGCAAGAGUGAUUUAUGUGGUAGAUUCUGACAUAAAAAAAUAUUAAUCAACCUAAAGACAUCGAAGAAUAGUGAAUUUUUAUGUCUGAAUCUCUUGCGUUUAUAAGCGUAAAGCCUUUGAAGGAAGUGACGUGAUGCAGUCACGUGAGAGACGGUCGCGAUCGGGUAGCUAUCUGCGCAUGCGCGUUAAAGUUCUUCGUUUGUUUUUUUUUUUUAUUAAUCGCGAAUUUUAGUGCAUACUGCCAUCUACUGUAUAAAAAUGUACAUCAUCUACAGUUUGCCUCCACCCUUAUCUGUGUAUCAAUAUAGUAAUAAUAAUUCUUUAAAAGAAUUGAAAAAGUGCUUCCCUUACAUACUUAAAUGUCUUCCCCUCCCCUCCCCUCACCCCCAGUAACCCCUUCAGAGACCAUUCACGCUGGUUAAAUUUAAAAGAAAAACUUUAAACCUUACGGACUUUGUUAUAACAUACGUUUCUCAAUGGUAUUACAAAUAGAAAUUGUUAUUGUAAUAAUGUACGAAGGCUUCAGAGUCCUAGAUUUAUAUGGUGAGUAUAGUUUAGUCCUUAACAGUAACAAUUAAAAAGAGCCUCUAUUUUGACUUUUUUAUAUUUAGUAUAUAUACAAAAUUUUGUUAAAGCCCAUGCUUUGAUUUAAUUCUGCAGCUAAAUCCAACAAUAAAAUGUUUUUGUUUUGUAUAUAUUUUGGUAUAUUCGUAGUUUCAUGUAAUUUGCUGUGAUUAUAAAAAACAAAACAUUAUCACUGUCAAAUUUAUUGUUGUAAUAUUUCGACCAUUUUAUAAGGAUUCAAGGAUUUUUAUUGUCUCAUCAGUUCACAUUUACAUGUUAAUGGUGAGAAAUUAGAACUCAGGUCCCGUUUUAAAAGCAAAUAUAAAUGCAGAGUGAGUAUAAAAGAGCAAAAUUGUAAGGUGCAUACAAAAAUAACAAGCAAGAAAGACAAAAACGCUGGAUAGAAGUAUAAAAAUAUGUAACUACUAAAACAAUUUAGCAGUUGGCUGACUUGAGCUUGUUAGGGGCUAAGAUGUGCGUGAGGUAUAUAGACAUGAUCAUAGUAGUCCAGUAAUAUUGGGGGUCUACGGAGCAUGGCAAGAGUUCAACAGUCUGACAGCUUUAGGGAAGAACAACAGAAAAUUUAUGACAACACUGAAAACUAUGUGGCAGUCAUUCUUUAGUCCAAAAUACAUAAUACAAACCUACAAAUGCAUAAAUAUAAUUAGAAAUACUCUUGAGGAUAAACAGUAGAGAAGGUGAAUAAACAAAUAAAAGCUGUAAGGUGACAUUUAUUGCUGUAUUAAAUUUAGGGGGAAAAAAAAAGUUUCAUAGGAAAGCAUCCAAUGAUUAUGCCGUAGAUUGAAGAAAACAAAAUGCCUUAAGCUGAAACAGUUUUAAUGUGCAUGUGUAGAACAAACUCAAACAAAAACAUUACAGUUUAAUGCAUUGGACAGCAGGAACAACUGCAGUAUCCUGUAGGUGUUUCCUCCUCGCAGUAAAACGCCGUUACUUUACCCCUUUUCUCCUCUCCAACAAAUCCUAUAAAAGAACAUAAAAACACUGAGAAAUACCGUUUCCAAGCACUGUGGCUUUUCCACCAUGUCUAUGCUUUGUUGAGAUAUUAAGUGUCUCUAAUGACACCAAGAUAAGCUUACACAGUGCAACUCACCUCGUGGGGAUUGUUUGAACUGCUCCCCAUACCCAUGGCAGAUCUCAAUGGUGUACAUGUUGUAAUACUCUCUCCUAAAUUCUGCACAGAACCUGCUCCAUGUCCAGACACCUGUGGGAUAAAAAAAAAAUCACAUUUACAUAUAUAGCUUGUAGACAAAUGUGACAACAGCACAAAAAAAGUACAUGUCAUUGCAUUUUACUGAAGUACUUACUGUUAAGCCAUUUAAAAUGUGGCCGUCUUCUGAAGGAGUCUGGAGAACCAAGGUCUCUGAUUCUGGACCACACAAGCGCCAAUGUGCAUAUAGCACGGUCACCUUCCCGAAGGACAACUUUUUCAUGUAUGUUGGCAGUCAAUACUUCUGGCAACUGUAAUAUAGGUGAGCCGACAAUGAAAAAGUAUCAAAUUUAUUAAAAAACAAACGUUUAAAAUGUAAUUGGCUUCUCAUGACAAUUACUAAACUCCCUGCGCAAUACUGCCUCAUUGGGCCCUGUCUCUAAUUAUAAUUACUAGUAUAGCAGUUAUGUCCUCAAUUUAGAUCAAAGGAAAUUAUGUCCAGGAUUAGGCAGCUGUCAGUGUCAUCCUCAACCUUUCAAAGAAGACAUAAUUUACACAUGACAUGCAGGUGAACGUUAUGACCAGGUAAGCAAUCAAUUGCAGUGAUGACCAUUCCCCUUAUCAACAUUGAUUGAUUAUCUUGUAGUUUUCUUUUACCUGUCUGAUUGAAGUUUAGUAAGAUAUAGAGGGGGUUGCCUUUGGAACCCUGAAGACAGGCUGUAGAGAUCCCUGAAGAAGAGGGGACGCUUUCUCUGUCCAGAAGGCAAAUCUGUGCCCAUGCCUUUAAAAAGAAAUGCAAAUAAAUCCAUGCCCAAUACCUCCCAAUGUUCUUUGACACAAGUGUCACAAAAUGAAAAACAGACCACCAAAAAGGCUUUAAAAAUGUGACAAUAUUUGAUAAUUUUUCAGAAAUUAAAAAAAAAAAAAAAAAAUUAUUUACAAUAUUUCUACAAUUCUGAAAAGGAGGAUGGUCUAAUAUCGUAAUGUCUGUUGAGAAGUGAAAACAAUCCAUUUGUGCUUCAAUAUAAAUCAUUACUUUAGAUGAAAUAAAUUUCAUGUAACGCUUCUGAUUUAACUUAGUUGCUCAAUUAAGGCAUUUACCCAUUCAUUGAUGUCCUGAAUCAUUGUUGGCCAAUAGAAGCUAGAAAUGGCCUCGACGCCGCUCUAGUUCCCAGAGUUAUUUUGACACUCCAUGAGGAUAGUCUGCUUCCCCUUUGACUUGAUGACCAGGCGCAUAUAUUUCAUUGGGGGGUCUUUUAUCUGUUGGACGAAAAUUAAAAAAGCAAAGAGAUUCUUAAAAUUCAGUAGAUUAAAAUGACCACCACCUGACAGAGAUCAAUAAUAAUAAAUAAAUAAAACUCAGCUCUGGACCUUCUCCCACCUGACAUUCACAACAGUUUCACUUAUUUUUAUUAUAACAUCUCAUAUCUUUCUCAUUUUCUACUUAAAAAACAAAAAUAGAAAAAGUGCCUCUUUUUUUCAAUGAUUUCAAUAUCUUUAUAAAUAGUUUAUGGAGCUGCGUUUUUUAAAUGGCAUAAAAAAUAGUUACUUGGCCUAUAAAGGAUUAAAAAAACGUAGAGGCUCAUAUAUUCAUGACCCUCUUUUCAGACCUAUAACACAAAUUGCCAGUAUAACAUCAGUUUUACUUACCUUUAACAAUGAAAUCACGCACCAUUCGUCGAAUCUUACGGCGCCCACUUGAGUAGUUGGAAGCGUUCCGUCGACCAGGUACCUUGGAAGAUGCUAGGUAUCCACAUUCAUCUUCUCGGAUCACUCGAAGUAUCUAUUAAGACAUAUUCAAGCAUUUCAUGCUACUCGAAGAUAGCGGCGUACACACACGCAUAAAAAACCCUCAAUGUCCGAGCCUAACGCAUAAAUCUAUAUCUCCCGUCAUCCCUCGGGAGAAAAUGGCGUUGAUCUGCGCGUGCGCAGUAGCAAACCGUCACAAUCGAUGCACCCGUCACGAUCGGGUAAUGACAGUCCCACUUCGGCUUUACUUCCGCUUUACGAUGCGACGUCACGGUCUAAAAAUAGCAUGCGUGCGGUGCACCAUUGGAUAUGAAUUGUAGGAUGAGAUACAUUUUGAAAACUGCGUGAACGGUAAAUUUUGGGGGUGUCAUUCGGAAGAUUCCCUUCGUUGCACAAGAAUUCCUGUCAUUUUGGUAUUUGAACGGUGCCUAUGGACUGUGCGGGGCGCCGAGAAACGCCUUUAAAAAAAAAAAAAGAAAAAAAAAAAGAAUAACGUUGAUGGUUGCUUUUGCAUUACAUGCAAAGCUACCAUGACCAUUGUUCAAUGAGGUCCAUCAAAAGCAGCGUUCCUGUUUCAUGUUGGACGAUGAAAAAAUGCUUAUAAAAAUAAAAUAUGCGGUGUCGUAUACGUGUACGUCAUGCGUCAUGACGUAGACGAUGUGAGUGGCCGGGGGAGGAUUUCCCGUCCGAUUGCUUAGCAAGAUAUUCCAUUUUUCAUCUCUGCUUUGCCCCACGACGGAAUGUAAUCUGCUGAAAGGUGGCAGAAAAUUUCGCACACACCAAGAAUCCGUUUAAUCUUGCUUCUGCUCUGAGUCGUUUGGGUGCACGUUUAAACUUCGGAGAGGGGAUGGAGAGGGAGAGGAGAGGAACUUCGAGGCCUGCUUAGGUUAGCCUAGCCGUAUUUAGCCGCUACAAAGGGAACAAACACCGCGCCUGGGAUUGACACGUCGCCGAGUAAACGAACAUCAAGUCCCAAAAUGUCAGAUGUCAGUCAAACAAAUCGUCCUAAAAGCCAGGAGUCUACUCGCAUGGAAGAAGAGGAGGAGGAAGCAUCGCUAUACGUCAAGAAGAUGGUGGAAAAAUUCGUCCACAUUAAAGAGGAGCCGGAGGAGUAUUUCAUCAGAGUGGAGAACCCCCACAUUUUGGAGCAGCAGCAACCUCAUCCCCUCAAAAAGGAGGAGGAGGACCCUCCAUAUGUUAAAGUGGUGGUAGUAGACAUCCCCAAGUGGAUUGGUGACCCCUUGAUGGGUGAAGAUAGUGGUCCGAAUGAAGCCAGCAGCAGCAGUUCAAAAGGAUUCCAAGCAGACUACCUCUUUGCUCGACCAUCAGAGAGUGACGACUUCACAUCACACUCGCUGUUCCGUUUCAGAAAAUAUCUUAGUCCUGAGCGGCAGGAGUCAGAAUCUCCUGAUGUUAAAGAGGAAGUGGAGCACCCGCAAAUGAAAAAGGAAGAGCCAGAUGACCCUCAACAGCAAAAGAGAGAAGAGCAACUUCCAAUCAAAAAGGAGGAGGUAGAUCUUACGUUGGAGGUAGAGCCAUACGUUAAAGAGGAGGACGAUAUCACUGGGCCAACUGGUGAGCCUUUGAAGAGUGAAGAGGGCCUAAGUGAGACCCUUGGAGCGGAGCCUCCAAGCGGCAGCAACAGCAGAUCAACAGAAGGGUGGCAAGCAGACAGUUUCACCGCUCCACUCUCAGAUGGUGAAGAUGCCAUGUCACAUUCGCCUGACGGUGAUGAUGAAGGUCAUGAGAAAGCUGACAGUGACGACAAAUGCAAAUGCUCUCAGUGUGGGAAAACCUUUUUCAAUAAGUCUACUUGUCGUAGGCAUAUGAGGAGCCACACUGGAGAAAAACCUUUUCCCUGCUCAGUUUGUGGCCAUAGAUUUAGUGUCAAGAGUUACUUAAAAAUACACGCAAGAACCCACACUGGGGAAAAACCUUUUUCCUGCUCAGUUUGUGGUCAAAGAUUCGCUCAAAAGCAACACUUGCAAACACACACAAGAACCCACACUGGAGAAAAACCGUUUUCCUGCUUAAUUUGUGGCCAACGAUUCAAUUGCAAUAACACCUUAAAAACACACACAAGAACCCACACGGGCGAAAAGCCUUUUUCCUGCUCAGUUUGUGGUCAAAGAUUCAGUCACAAAAGCGCUUUAAAUAUGCACACAAGAUCCCACACUGGAGAAAAACCUUUUUCCUGCUCAGUUUGUGGCCAAAGAUUCGCUCAAAAGCACUACUUGAAAAAACACCGAAGAACCCACUCUGGCGAAAACCUUUUUCCUUGCAUCAAAGAUUCACUCUGAAGGAUUGGUUUAAGAGGCAUGUUUGUGUUUUGGUGUAAGAAGCAGUGGCAAAUGACUGUUUUGCCUGUCAUCCAUGCUGGCUUCUUCAGAUUUUGAAUUAGAUUUUCAAUAUUGAUUAUCACCUGCUUCGUCCUCGGCGAUGAGCACUCCCGCCGGACACAUACUGACAUUGCCCUGGGUCUGGCGGGACUGCUUGCCAAUGUCGCAGCAGGGGAACGAUGAGCCGUCGUAGUCCACUGAAACUUGCUCGCCGCCGGAGGCUGGCAGAUCAGUAAAGGCAAUCACUCCCGCCGCCGGGUGUGACGGGGGAGUUUUGUGUGAUUUUCCAUUUUCUAAAGGCGAGAAGAGACUUGGAAGAGCCGCUCGGUUUCGGUUAGCAUGUAGCAUAACUUUGAUACUCUUCUUUUGUUUACGCUUUUUCCUUCUCCGAGCCUGCGGCAGGGAAAUGACAAUGAGUCAGCUCAAACUCCUGUGGCAUGAAAUAUCGUUCAGGAGGUGCAAGUUGUCCAUUUUGACCAUUAUGCACUGACUUAGCCCUGUCAUACUUAAUAAAUGUAUUUUUAGCAUUUCAUAUUCCAUUUAGCACAAGACUGUGAUUUGUCAUGACCAUACCAUUUAUUUAGCAAUGGGGAAAAAUUCUUAGAUACAAAUAAUAUCCUGCAAAAAUAUUGGAGUAGAGAGAUAAAAACUACGAUGACAUUUAGUGUUGCCCAUGCAGUCUGCUCAGUCAUCAGCUUCGUGUUUGUUGUCACUGUCGCCUUGUUCUUGUUCUGAAUCCUUCUGAAAAAGCUCGGCUUCUUCCAUAUCCUUUUCGAGCUACGUGUGUUUGUUUGUAUGUAUUUAUUAUUUUUUUGUUAUAAUCAACAUUACUGUUAUUAUUGGUAUUUAUUUGUCCCCCCCCCCCCCCCCCCACUCUUGUUGUUUUUGUUAUUACUGUAAUUUUCGGACUAUAAGGCGCUACUUUUUUCCUUCAUUUUGAAUCCUGCGGCUUAUAGUCCAGUGAGGCUUAGUAAUUGAUUUAUUUCGGUUAAUAGGUAACACUUUACAUCGGCGUCAUAAGACCGUCAUAAUCUUGGCAUGACAUUAUCAUGGUCAUUACUGAACGCAAAUGACAAAUGUCAUUAAGUGUCAUCCGGCAAACUAUGUCACUAACUCCAUUUAUGUCCAGCUCGGAUCUUUUACAUCCAUUCAAAAGUGAGAUAAUUUGGCGGAUAACAUUAAAUGACAUCUGUUAUAAGCAUUCAUUAAUAAUCAUGGCAGUAUCAUGUCAUAAUUAUGAUUGUCUAAUGACAGUCUUAUGGCGCCACUGUCAAAUAAAGUGUUACCAAAUACCAUAACUAGCAAUUAAUGAAACAACUUAUACAGUUGUAGCACUGCAAUGCAUGCUAGGAGGCAUGUUGGACAACAACAGUGUUGAAAGCAGAUGGAAGAAGAGGUUGACUGCGGAGGUUGAUGGCUAAAUUAAGCUUCUUGAAGCAAUGACGCUUUGCAGCCAGUUGGUUCAAAGCUUCAUUGAUGGUUCAUUGGGUCUUAUGACAGUCGUAUGAUGCCGCUGUCAGAUAAAGUGUUACCGGUUAAUAUCUUUUGGUAUAAUUAUCCCAUAAUACAGUGAGGACAGCUGCGGCUUAUAGACCAGUGCGGAUUAUUUGUGAACAAAUGUCGUUUUCGUGUCAAAUUUGGUGGGUGGCGGCUUACAGUGCAAAAAUUUCGGUAAUGCUCGAAAUCAAGCAAUCUUCCUCCUCCUCCAAACACGAAUCAAACUUAAAUGGCUGUAUGUCACAUACUUCCUCUGGAUUGUCAAUAUCAUUUGAAAAAUCCACACUUGAACUAGAAUCGCUGUAAGACGCUUCAUCCUCCAUUGGGCUCAAUGCUAAAUCCGCUAAAAUUUUCUGACAUCAAUACCAAGAUGGAGGCGCCAGCGUGCAAAAAUGUGAGGAGGAGUUAAACGGCAAAUUUAAAGACUCACUUCUCGUCAUCUACGCUGUGCCAAAUUGUUGUCUAUCGUUGAAUUGUGUCAAAAUAUGGUUCCAACAUCAAUAAUAAUGCUAUUUAAGAUAUUUUUGGUCAUGUCAUAUACACUUUAAAGACACCACGUGAUUAAACAGGCCACUGUGAACAUAGGGCUUCCUUCCACUUUUCGCAAGUUCUUUAAUUCCAAUGAACAGAAGAUGGUGGCACACAAUUCAGGAACAACAAGAAAGCAAUCAUCACCUCAGCCAUUUGUCAGUAAACCCAAAAUGUUGAGCCAUAUUGGACCCAAAAAAAACCGGAAACAAAUAUGUCUGGAGGCAUAUCAAUUAAAAGGCUUCUAUCAGCCUUAUAAUGAACCCAACAUAUGUUGUAUGUAACUAUAUUAGCCUGCUAUCAAAAUGACUAAGUUGGCUACAAAUACAUAAUGAGUCUUUUUGAUUAAAUAUUUAUUUUCCUUGCAGUGCAUCCUAUCGAGAAGGACGCACCACAUGACUACUCUUGUACGAUGCCACCUCAGUUUGAACUUCAUUACAAUAUUAAUGAAGAGUUAUAGACGUAGAUAUCUUGCCUCCUCAGGUGUAGUUUUGACAAAGCAAAGAACCAUCUCUCAGGCUCUUGUCACAUGAUCUGUUCGAAAAAUAAAUUUGACCCACUAUGAAAUACUUUUUCGGAUUAUGGUUUUAUUACUUUACAACUUAUAUACAACAUUUUACCGGCGAGGUCAAGUAUUUGAAAUUAAGAUAUAUGUAUGCAAUGACAUAAUUUGGUCACCAGAGUGAGCACUGCCCUGCCUGCCCCCAUCAAACUCUGGAUAGUUUGGGGGGCCUUCGUGUGGAGUCGUGCUCUCAUAAAUGUGCAUGAUCAAACCUGAAAGGUCCUCAUGCUCGUGUCUGAUGAAAAAAAAAAAAAAAAAGCCAAAUGUACAAUAUAUAAAUUGAUUGGCUAACUGAACCCCUAUAUAAUUAUUUCUUUUGCUUUGCUAAAAUUAUAUAACUGUUAAAAAAAUAAAUACAGUGAUACCUCAGCUCACGAACUUUUCGCCUCAAGAACAUUAAAUUCGCGAGCAUAUAGCCUCUGCUGACGAACUAGUUUUCGGCGGACGAACCAAACCACUCGGUCGAACAGCGCCACGGUGGCGGCCACGAGAAGCUGACGCACGCUCACGGCGUCCCAGUUCGUCCCCUCCCUUUCGUUGAGUGCGGACGUGGUUUGUGUUUGAUAGACAUUUUGGACCAUAUUGAGUGUACUUUUGCUAUUAUGGGACCGAAAAAGAGUUACCUACAGUCCUUGUGGAAGGUGACUCGUGUUACCAAUUCGCCCUUGACUGGUAAUUGGCGGUGCUUUCAGCUUCCCACCGUCGUGAGAAGUGGACCGGCGAGUCACGUUGGCUCGUUGUCGUCGGUUGUCUUCGGUUCGCCCGAUUUCCUCUCCAGAAAGGUGGCGGCGUGCAUACAAACACCCAGAGGCGUUGGAUGGCUUUUUGUGGGCACUUUUAUUAACUACCAAAAGCAUGUGGGGGGCACAGCAGUGGAGUCUACGCUAACUGCGCACUUUGCCGGUAACACUCUCCUUCCAAACAGUAACUCCCUCCCUCCCUCCUCCUCCCACUCCAUUCCAUCAAGCCAUCAACUACCAUCACAAAGGUAAAUAAAACGACUUUAUUAUACAGUACAGUUUAUUUCUUUAAUUAUAAUACAAUAGCACAUUUAUUAUACAUAAAACAAGGUAUAUUUUUGUGUAGUUUUAAGGCUUAUUUAGUAGAAAAUUAUGUUUUAUGGGGACCUGGGAAUGGAUUAUUCUCAUUUUAAUGGUUUCUUAUGGGAAAUAAAUGUUCGGAAGACGAACUUUUCGCCUCACACACACUUUCUGGGAACCAAUUAUGUUCGUGAGCUGAGGUAUCACUGUAAAGGGUGUGGUGACCACUUCCAUUUUGACAGAAUUCACCUAGGGAACUUAUAAGAGGCAUGUUGUGUUCCGGGGGGGGGGUAACACGUGCGCGUUUCCGGCAACUAGUGACGGGAUCUGUCGUUCACUUGAGGGAACGAAUCCAUUCCAGUUCCUUCAGUAAAAAGACUCGUUCAAACAAAUCGUUCAACCAAUCGUUCGCCCCCCUCAUCCCCCUCCCCGCCCAAAUGAAUCGUUCGGUUAGUGAACAGGAAGUGACAUUGCCGAAUGAGUCACCAAAGACCGCGUCGCAGUAUAGACCCCAAUCACGUGACGUCACAACUCCGCCCCCCUGACUGGUGCCGCCAUAUUGUCAGUCAGCUCAUCGUGUUUCCAUAUUACCGCUACGUACAUUCCUCCUAUUACUGCGUGUUUUUCUGCUUGUCUAAGGAAUCACCGCCUAGUAUACGAACCCAAAAACCUUCCUGACAAUCGGUAACAUUGAUUAAUCAAAAUGGUGAAGGCAUGUGUGGCGGUUGGUUGCAUUAACAGAGAAGAUAAACGGUCAUUUUAGUAGUUGCUGUGUGCCCAUUGCAAAGGGCAAAUCUCGAAAGCAGCACGGUUUGUUUUAGGUCCAUGAUGCGUUUGUGUCGACAGCUGUUAGACAGCGGCGAAAACAUCAAUAUGAUGCCAACACGAUCGCAGACAUCAUCAGACGGAGACUACGAAGCUCGUCGCCACGGUCGCGCAGCAAGAAGGUGAGCGCAACAACAGGUGUUGUGCCGAAAAAUAGCCGCCCUGCGUGAAAUGUCCCCCCUGACAGGAGCGCCCACAUGGAAACUUUCUUGUACCGUGAAUACAUAUUAUUUUACUCCGCUUGUACUAAUAAAUGUCAUACCUGUGUGAUUGUCAUUGGGAUAUGGUCGUGAAAACCUGUAGACUAAUAUAUUUCUGUUCAAAGAUGGUUAUGUGGCCCAGUCCACGAUUUGUUACUAAAAUACAGUACUAAUAUUUUGUGUAAUUUAAUUAUUUAAAACUGAUCUUACAGUCGUAAAUCCAUUAUUGUAAGGCGUCCAUGAAAACAUUUGAUGUUUUCACGUCAAUAAAGCGUUAUAAAUAAGCGCUUCCAUCAGGGAGGACAUUUCAUGCGGGGCAGCUAUUUUUCAGCACACGCCAGCCCGUUGUCGAUCAAGUUCCAUUUUACAAUCAAAUGUCGGUUUAUAUUCGGGCCGGUGCCGAUUUUGGGUACCUGACUCCUCAUCGUGACAUAAACUGGAGUAUGAUUGGAAAUUUUGUGGUCUCGGGACGAGCUCUGACGCACGGGACCGGACGGGAGGAAACAUCGGUUUGGGCAUCAAAUAUGGAUCUGGCGACUGGAUCGACCAAAGCUUUUCCAAAUAACUGCUUUUAUGCAACUCAUCCAAUGAGUUUACAGCGUCUGAAAGCACCAGGGCUUCCAUAAUUUGUAGUGAUGAACGAUAAUGCAUUUUUCAACCGAAACCGAUAAUUUCCUCCUCAUUCCAACCGAUAACCGAUAAUGUCAAGCCGAUAAUUCUAUUAAAAGAUUUAUGUAAAAUUUUAAAGUAUACACAAAAGAAAAUAUUACUGUGCAAAAAUAUAAUUUAUUGCUCUUUUUUUCAAAAUAAAUUAUGAACAAGUCGUCAAUUCAAACAUCUAAAUAAUGACAGAUUGUCUGACAUUGUGUAAUGGUAAACCUUUGGCAACAAUUACUUACAGAGUACAGGUAAAUACUAGAGCUGGGAAUCUUUGGGCACCAAACGAUUCGAUUAGGAUUACGAUUCAGAGGCUCCGAUUCGAUUAUAAAACGAUUAUUGAUGCACCCCCCUCCUUUUUUUUUCUUUUUUUUUUUUUUUUAUGUUUUGUACAUUAGUUCCAAAAUUGUUCAAAAAUACUCUCAGGCUAAACCACACUACUAUUUCAGUAUCAAGUUAACAUAUAGCAGUAAACAAAUAUACAAAAAUAACAUUAAAUAAAAAACUCCAGUCCAUAUUUUGUAUCAGCAGCUUUAAACUACAUUCAAUUAAUUUAAUGUUGUGAAUCAACCGUUAAAGCUGUAGUGUGAACUAAUUUCUUCACAUGCCAAAUAGGGUCACAAGUAAAGUAAUUAAACAUUGUCCACCAAAUAAAGCAUGAAAAAAUAAUUUAUAUGUUGUACAUUUGACAAAAUAAUCGCGUUUCCGAAGUUCGAGCCUGAAAGGGGACGAACCCGGAAGUGAUACGUCACACCGGGAACAGCGUUGGCAGCUCCAUACAUACGGCCGCCAAACAAAGCCCUUCAAACAAUGAUUCAAACAGUGAUAUAAGCGAUAGACCGAGCGCAAGGGAGGAGAUCCAAGUUUUUGAAGAGCUGGAGGAAGAAGAGGAGCUUGGAAUUUUAUGUUGGAUCUAACAUGUAUUAGCCAGACGCUAAUCAGAAUGCAAACAAUGUACCUAGACUACCUUACAUGGAAUGGAUACAAGACCCAUCAAGAUUACAACAUUGGUAAGAUAUAGGUUGUUAUUAUUUUUAUGAUUUGAAGAUGCAGGCAUUUGCACAUAAUGUUAUGUUUUUGUCUAUCUGAUGACAUUGUUAAAAAAAAUAAUCAGACUUCAUGUUCAUUUUGGCAGAUCCGGCAGCUCUCGUGCAUAUAAAAUAAUAAUAUAAAAACGUUGGGGGGAAAGAAGGAGAUGAGUCUUCGAUGGCUUUCUCCACUUUAUUGUGGCAACAAUAAAAAAACAAAAUAAUAGCGGACUGCCGCCACAUUCGACCGCGAAGUUUUGCUUCUCGCCAAUCUCCUCCUCGCCUCCCACUCCAGCGUCUCUUAAACGGAUUGUGCAUGUCUUGUUAUGAGCUUUUUGUUUACAAAUGUAUCGAACACACGACGCGCUGACAACCUUGUCUCUUUAUUAACGCAUGGAGCAGUUCUUAUGGAAAAGUUAGAACACAGCUCGGCACAGCUCUCGGUAGGAAUUGGCGUCUAAUGGCGUGAGGAAAUGUAGUUUUUUCACACAAGUGAACAGAUUACAAAGCACCACUUCAGUGUUGUCCCGAGACUACAUUUCCCAUGAUUCACUGCAUGACCUGCGCGCUCGCUGAUUCGCUGCGAGAUUGACUCAAUGGCUACGCUAAACCAACACGCUAUUUUUCAGCUGUCACCUGUCAGCGGCUCUCAUAAAACGCAAACUAGAAGCCUAUCAUGCGAUCACCGUGAACGCUGAACCGUCCAUAAGCAAUGCAAUGCUUGAAGCAUGAAGGUGGAAAUACAUAAUACAAAUACAAAUAAAUGUGCACAAACUCACCGGCGGUGUGUGUCUCUUACAGCAACGUGACCGUGAAUUACCGCGACGCCGACCCGUUUAUAUGCACAUCCACACCCGUUUCCCGAUUGACAGUGGAUUAACCCUUUCGGACAUGAACGUAGAUGACGCACAAUUUAAACACGCUUAACCUAGCGAACGCAACAACAACUAUGAUCGGGGAUUUCCACGAGUUAACUUUUGGCUAACGUCGCUAGCUUAUACUGUUCAAUUCCACAACAGUAGGCAGCUAUGCUUUGACAAAGUCAUCAGUCAUCUAUCCAAAAAUCACACUUACUUUUUGGCAAAUCCUUGAUCAUAAGCAGACCGGUUAAGGAAGCAGGCAUCUUCAAAGUGUUUGCAGCAGAGAACACUACUCGAUGAUGGCGUGAAAUUCAUUCGCUUCGUGCGAACGAAAGAUGUCCAUUUACGUGCCCUGCUAUCCUUUGGCCACUCAUACAACUUUUCGUUUGAGCGAGAACAAAACAUCGCCACACACCGCUGUGGCAUCUUACCGAGAAGCAAUGAAACAAACAAUACUGUUCUAUGGUGGACUUCCCUCGCACGUCUAGGUGUGACGUAAUUUCCGAAGAUUGCCGAAGAAAAGCAUUUUCGUUGUCAAGUGCGUUGCUAUGGGUUAAACAAAGAAUCUGGAAGGGUUGCGUUAAAAAAAAUAAUGAAAAUAUGCUUAUAAUUGUUUAGCCAUUGAUAUUAUUCAAAAACAUGGUUGGCCAACCUUACUUCAAAGUUCCCCUUUAAAGUUGUUAAAAUUGCUCCCGUUAUUCCAUAAUUUCCCUUUUGUCUACUUUCGACGUGAAAGUUUUAAAACUAUUUUAAAGAUAUAUUCAAGUCAAUAUUUUAUCGAUUUAGGAGUAUUUUAGAUAAAAAGUUAAUUAGGUUUGCUUGGAAGGUUCGCUACAACAGCCUUGCAGGGAAGUCUGCUGCUUUAAGAUGGCGGCCGUUUAUAACGCCCGCAUCUAGCUUUUUGUAGAUGUGCUGCAAACACUACCAAAUCUAUAUUACAUCUAGUCCUAUAUAAAUGAUAUCCACCGUAACAUUAUAUGGAUGCACUUUGUAGCAGCUUUUCGGCAGCAGUCAGGUAUGUUGUUGUGUUUUUUUAUCUCGCUGCAUGAGUUGAGCUAGAGCCGUGAGUUGAGCAUUGGCAUUACCCGAGGGGCCGGGUAAUGGGAAGCAUGAUGUUUAGCUACUCUCGCUCCGUUCCGUCCCGAAGACCACGCGGCGCGCUGAGUGUUGUGUACUUCCGCUUUACUUCGCAUAUUUCAAUAAUCGGAAUUUGGAUGUUUGGGAAUCGUUCUCCAAUCUUCCACGGCCGAAUCGCAAAUAAUCUAAGAAUCAGAAAUUUUGCACACCUCUAGUAAAUACUAGGGUUGGGAAUCUCUGGCAUGAAGCCGAUUCGAUAUGUAUCUAGAUACACAGGUUACGAUUCGAUUAAAAAACGAUACAUUUUUAAGGCCCAGCGAUUCGAUACGAUUCGAUACAGGUUAAGAACGAUACGGUUCGAUACAGAGUGAAAACGAUACAUUUUUAAGGCCCAGCGAUUCGAUACGAUUCGAUACAGUUUAAGAACGAUACGGUUCGAUACAGAGUGAAAACGAUGCGAUAGUAAACAUUUGUUGUGUGUGUUCGUACAGUAUUUUAAAAAUAUAAAAAAGACCAUAUUUUUUAAUAGCAAAAUUUACAAAAUUUGAUACCAAUGUUAGGUUUUAUUUUUUAUGAGAAAAUAAAUAAGGCUUACUAUAUGACCGUCAUUUUGUUGGAUGGGACUGAUAAUACAAUAAAACUCCAGUCACAGACAACAAUAAAGUGCAGUAAUUCAAUUACUGUAUUUCCUGGUGUUUUUAACACAAGAGGUAAGUAAUUUAAGUGCAAACUUUCAAUGUAAACAUCUUACAAACAAAAAAUAUUAAUUAUUUGCAGCAGCUCUUGAAAAAAAAAUUAAACCUGCUAGUGUUAUCAUAAAUAAAUAAUAAAUUAUGCUUUACGGCUGGUAUAAUUGGGGGAAUAAAAACAUAGCAUUUUAGACAGGUCAAUAAUCAUUACUUUAACCUAAUACACAGCAAAGUCAUUCACUUAUGCCUGUGCUUCCUCAUUUUUUAUUGCUCAUCACUGUCCAUCUUUUUUGAAGGGCAAAUUUUUCUUGAGGAAGAUCAACUAAUCCACAUGUUCAUAUUUAAGCAGACUGCGUUUCAUGGAAACAAUAUGCCGCCCUUUCCAGCAUUGUAGUGGGUUAUUUUUCAGGGUUAAAACUCACGAUUUCUGUACCGCUCCACACUUCACACAAGCUCUGUCCCAUGCGAACAGAUCUGGCUGCUUUCAUCACUUAAAAGUCCGACUUUUGUUUUCCUGGGUGCGUUGAAAAUCAAUCACAGCACGUCGCUGCCGUCAGUGAUCACACUGUCCAUUGUUUUAGCAUGUUGCUUCGUUGCCACUACUAGUUUCGUUUUCGUUUUGGGCUGUGAAGAAAACGCGACGCUGCGUGCGUUACAGUGGUUUCGUUAGCUCUCGCGUUGUUAUGACACGCCCGUGACGAUCAGGUAAUGACGGCGACUAGUAGCGGUUCUGCCGAAAUGCAUGGGAUGUAACUUGUGGCAACCACGACUGUGAGUAGUGCUUGUCCAUAUUAUAUCAUGCGUGCGGUCUCGAUCUAAGUGUCCGCUGUGUGGCGAAUGACGCGCACUUGUGUCAUUCACUGAAAGACACAAGCGUAGCAUGUGAAGUAAAAGCUAAAUUAUCAUAUUAAGCAAUGCAUUGAACUAGGCAUUAGAAGCCGAUUCUUGUGCUCGCGAUAGCCGAAUUCUAUCUCUACUAUCGGUUCACUGAAUCUUUAAUGGCUAAUUACUGUCGAAUGGUAACUUUACAAUCGAUACAUCUGUAUCUCUCACCUGGAAAACCGGAUAUCCGGUCGUAUCGGUUUAUCGUUCUCAAGCUUAGUAAAUACCUAAGUUGCACAAAAAUGCGUUUAAAAGUAAGCCAUUCCUAACAUAUAUAACACUAAUCCGCUGCAAAACACACCUCCUUAAAACUAGUCAGUUUUAAGUGAAAUUAUCUGCCAUUGCUUCAAGUGUAUUUCUCUCAGAUUUCUUGGAGGAAAAAUAGCUAGCUGAAAAUAAUCUUAACAGCCUUGUUUUAAGCAAUACAUUAUUAUAUUUAAUCCUAAAAAAAAAAAUAAAAAAAAAAAACUUGAAGGAGAGAUUUUGAAUAUUUGUGGCUACAGAAUAUUGAUUUAAGAAUUUGAUUAUCUACUGUGACUGUAAUUGAGCAGAGAAAUAAGUUAAAUAAUUUGAAAAGUGAUUGCUAAUGUUAUAUGCUUUGUUGCACACUGUGAAAAUGAUUACCUCAAAAGAGCGAGAUGUCAUGUACCCAUUCUGCAGCGCUUUGUUUACAUUUGCGGCUUUCACGACAUUUGCCUUACAGCAGCUAAACUGCUACACGGCAGUACUAUUUGGACGGAAUUGGAGCUCGCAUCCGCGUGCGUGUUGUUUUGUGCCUGAGUUUUAUUAAGCCGAAAAUAAAGGCAGCAUUACAAAGUCAUCUGACCGCUCGUCAUUUCACAUUCUGAAUGCAUUAUUGACUGGCUGACUUCGUUUUCUCCAUGUUUAAAUUAUCUUAUAACCACUGUGCCGUCAUGAUAAGCUUGCUUACCGGACAUCACUUUUUCAUGAAGAAUGGUGGUCGUAUAAACUGCAUUAUUUCUUUUAUCCAGGGCUUUGGUUCUCGGGUCAUUAAGUAAAAAAAAAAAAAAACGUGUCUCGUCUCGGUGGCAGCUACAUUCGUACCGGAUAAUCCGCCCGCCUCGGCCGGUUCGCCGCGGUGUAUUCGGGUCCUGGCUCUGCUCGCACGCCGUGGGGGAACGCUCGAGAAACCGGGGUGUUCGCCGGAGGUCCAGAGGCCGGGGAACCGGGCUCGGCCGGACUGGCCAGAGCAGCGGGCUCCGGCGGAAGACGGCUACUUGCCGACUAUCGGUCUCCAGUAGUGCCGGUGUUUAGCCUUAGAUGCGAAUUUACCACCCGCCUUGGGCUGCAUUCCCAAACAGCCCGACUCUGUAUCGUCACAAGCCCUGUAGUUUAACUUAGUGUUUACAAUAGCUUUAGCAUUCCUGCUAGCAGCAGCCUCGUAUUUGUUCCCAAAUUCUUUGUGAUGCAGUUUUAAAUGGCUGCUGGGUUAGUGGUUUUUAAUGAGGACGCGUUCUUUCUGCCUCGUGGAACUUCUACGGUACAUGCUUCGCAGAUGGCGGGAGCGUCGUUUUUUUAGUAACAGCCGCCAUAAUAUUCAACUACUUCUUGUCUUGUAACUCCGCCUCCUCAACCCCUCCUCCCUCAGGGGCUUCAGAGAGGGGAGGGGUUGAGGAGGCGGCAUGCUGAAUUCUUCGGUUGCGCACAUUUGGAGGCAAAAUCAAGUAUAUAAUUAUAGGAUUGCAUUAUCGGUUGAAUUUUUUAAUUAUCUGGAUCAUCUGUGUGACGUCAUAAUUGCCAUUAUCGGCCGAUAAUUAUCGGUGACCGAUAUUAUCGUGUAUCUUUAAUAAUUUGCAAGUGAAUCCACCUUUAGAAACUACGAUCAAUGACAAUACGGACACACAAUGACGGACAAUAUGGCGACACAAUAAAGCGAUCACGUGAUUGUGUGACGUUGGUGAUUGGGUCUAUAGCAGGGGUCAGCAACCUUUUUGAUGUGGAGUGCUACUUUCAAAUUUUCUUGUCAAUCAGUGUGCCACACCAAGUAAUGACGCACAUCCGAAUUUUUAUAUCCAACAGAGCUGUAAUUUUACUCCAAACAAAACAACAUGGACAUAUAUUGAAAUUGAAUAACUACGAGGGGUGCAGUGCAACUGUACACAAAAACCUCUGUUUGGUACGUACCUCGGUUUUGAGGUCACGGUUCGGUUCAUUUUCGGUACAAUAAGAAAACAAAAUGCAAAAUAUAAAUGUGCUAGUUGUUUAUUACACACUUUUGUGCUUUCAACAAUAGGAACCUUAGCCUACGGAAAGCUAGAAUUCUGCUCAAAAAUAGAAAAUACAAUAUUCUGAAAUGUAGAUAUUAUGAAAAAAAAUAAAAAUUACUUUGGCUAAGACUUUUUCUUUAAAAUAAAUAUCUGAUGUGCAAAAUUGAACAGUUGCAACACUGAAGUGAAGAGUUGUUCCAUCUAUAUUCUUUUUUAAAUUGAAUUCCCCAUCCAGAGGGCCAACCUUCUUCCAUGUUAACAUUUAACCGGUACCCACGCUGCUCACUGCACUUCUGAGUGGUGUGACGGCCCUGGCCGUUUAAUUGUUAUCUUUUUUGAGACUGUCAGUCAUCUGAUCGCCGCGACCACCAGCUGGCUGCCUCCCCUCCCAACGUGGCGUACUCUGAUUGACGCCGGACGGGCAGACGACGUCACCGCCGCUGACGGGCCAC